AACAACCGAUUUACGGAAAGAGGAGAAAGAUUCUUUCAAAGUGUGUUUUAUCUUUAAAGAAAGCUUCCUUCUGGAUUCAAGUAUAGAUAUUGCAUAGAUCUUGGAAGUUUUGAAGUCCAUUGUUCUUUUCCUAAAGCUGAUUUUGAAGACGAAAUGAUCUUUACAUGUGGAGGAGUGCACGUACGGGAGCACUAAUCGUUAAUUUCUACUUGUGGAACUUCGUCUGAGUUUACUACAACAAUGGUUUAUUUUUGUUAUGAUUUAAAGAUCGUCUAGGAUGAGUCGUAGAUCAAGUGUUAGUAGUACUGGAAGCGCAACAGCGAGUGGUAAAUCAGGUGUGGAUGAUGACCCACUUAUGCGCGAUUGCUAUGAUCUCAGAAGAAGGUUACURCAAACCGAACAGUCACUCCAAARCAUGAAGCCGCCAAACCUUACAACAAGUGACCGUAAAUCAAGAUUAACAAGGUUACAGCAAGAAAAAACAGAAUCAACAGAUAGGAACCGAAAUUAUCCUAAUGGAACAGAGGAGCACAGCAUCAAUACAGGACGAAACUUCUCAACAUCACCAGAAAGUGCACAAAUCCUGACCUUGUCUGACCUAACCCCCCCUGUGCUGGAURCUAGGCGUGGCACUACCCCAGCAAGUGUCGGAAAUUAUUCCUUUAAGUCAUCUCUACCUGAUGUCAGAAAUGGAUCAACUCAAUCGUCACCUAGAGAUAUGCUUGAAAGCCAUUCAUUUGGUAGUGACUAUGAUCAUGACACAUUAAGAAGAAAGCUCAACAAACAUAGAGAAGAGAAUUCACAGCUUGUCAACCAAAACCACAAAUUAAUGUCUGAACUUGAAAACAUGAGUUUUGAGCUGCACCAAGCUAGGAACAAGAAUGCCAAUGUUGUCCAUGAUUUGGAUGAUGAGAGGGCAAAAGUAAAGUCACUUGAGGACAGAAUUGUGGACUUAGAGUCCGACUUAGCAAAGCAAGAAGAUCAGGCAAGAAUUAGUGAAUUAAAAUUAAAGGAAUGUCAAGAGGAACUUCAUUCCAAAGAUGAAGAACUUAAAAGUGUSUUUGAAUCAUCAAAUAUUGCUGAGACUGAACUAAGAGAAGAAUCAAAAUUAAGAAAGAGAACUGAGUCUCAGCUCCAGGAUGCUUUAAGAAGUGUAGAGGAACUUACCGACAAGCUAGCUGACCAAGAUAAUGCCAUUAAAAUAUUGCGGCAGCAGAGUUCUGAACAACAAAGAAGCCUUAGAGAAGCUUUGAAUCAUUCUCAAAAAGAAAGUGGGGAUUCGUACAAGAAGAUGUCGASUAUGGAAGCUCAGUUGCAUGAUUUGAAAGAAGAGAUAAGGCUUCUUCAACAAGAAAGCACAUCAUUUGAAGAAAACAAUUCAUCCCUGCAACAAGAAAACGCAAGUCUGAGAGCAACAAUUUCAAGRCAAAGUCAAAAAAUUGGAAGGUUAGAGAAUGAACUUAAGAAGAACAGUCCAUACUCAAGAGACAACAAUCAAGAAUUGCAAGGUGUGAUUGAGAGACAACGAGAAAAGAUCUUACAAUACCAGCAAGAAAUAGAAGAUACAAAGAACCACAUGGCAAGACUGGAGGACUUGGUUCACAGAGUACAAGAACAGAGCAUGAAGGAACACGUCAAUGCCACACCAUCUAGUCCAGGAAAGACCAGAGCUUUAGUUGCUGACUUGAAGCUCAAACUGGCCAUGAAAGAGGCUGAGAUCCAGAAACUGCAAGCUGGUGCUGUAGCCAGAGCGGCUGCACAACAGAAACAUAUCGCUGGUUUGACAGGAGAUGGAGGUACCAUGGACAACCUACGAUCAGAACUGUCCGCCAUCAUGGAACGAAGUCGUAUGGGUGACAGGAAGCAAUAUGAACUUGAACAAAUGGUAACACGACUUGAAGACGARAUAUCACGAUAUUCAUCACAAAAUAUCCAAUUAGAAGAACGAUUAGCAGACAAAAUGUCGCAUAUUGCAUCCAUGGAAGAAAAGUUAGGACAGAGGAAUCUAAGGAUAGUGGAUUUACAGAAAGAACUAGAGGGAAAGAUAACGGAGAUUAAUGAACUAUUGAGAGAUAUACGCCAAAAAGACUCCCAGAUAAGUCACCUUGAGCGACAACUGGAUAACAAAUAUUCAGAACAAACGUCAAUUACCGAUCAAAUGAGGACCUUACGAGACGAAAUAAAAAGUAAAACAGAAAAUGUCAAAAAACUAGAAGAAGCCGUCAAGAAUAAAGAUACUGAAAUCCAUGGAACUACAUCGCUUGUGGAGAAAGUGAAAACGUUACACARCGAACAGUGCCAAGAACURCAAGCGCAAAUUGAACAGACRAUCURUUGUACGCGACAAGAACUGAAGCACAAGACGUCCARYUUGGAAAAAGCUGARCAAARCUUGAAAGAAAACGUUGAAAAACUCAACAUCAGCGAGAAUAACAACAAGACUCAGAACAAGAAGUUYGCWGAAAUCGAAAGCCAAGCACAGGACGCUACAAGUCAGAUGAAACACUUGCAAUCGUCGCUGGCUGAGUGUCAAGACGAGAUCAARGUUUAUAUGCAGCAGCUGGARGAAAUGAGGAAAGAUCACGAUGAUGAGAUACAAAAUGCGCAUGUCGAGAUAUCAAAGCUUCAAAGCACAAUGAAGCAGCUCAGCUCUGAUUUAGAACACAAAACAGCAUACAUAUCCAAGCUGGAACAAGUUUUGUCCGAGAAAGAAGCAGGACUUCAGAAAGAAAGAGAACGCUGCCGCGAGYUGCAAGAGUCGCGUGUUCACUUACAACAACAAGUGUCACUAAUGGACGAAGAAAUCCACCGUGAGCGCAACACUUCACAGAACGAAAGCUACGACUAUCARCAAAAACUYAAAGACAUGAAAGCAAGCUUUGAUCAAAAGAACAGCGAAGCUCUAGAACUGAACGCCACUUUGAAGGAAAUGCAUCAGGACAUGAAGAAAAGCUCGGCAAACAUGGUGGAACUCGAGCAUCUUUUACAAGAAAGCAGGUCAAUGAAYGACAAGAAGACAGCGCAGUUACAAACCAUUGAGGUUGGMUACAAGGAGACUAGGACGCAGCUMUCKCAACAGACGAAACRCAAYGGCGAACUAGAGGAACAUAUACGACAUCUUGAAAGCGAUUUGAAGCAGAAAGACGAGCAGAAUACUCAGCUGGACAAGGAGGUCAAGAAAAUCGAAASUGAACUCCAUGACACCAUUUCUCAGCUCAAAUCGUUAGAGGAYGUUCUACAGACCAGUAAAUACCAAGUGGAAGAAAAAGAGAAGAAAGUCAACGAACUAGACAAGAUGCURAACGAAAGCAUUGAGGAACUCCAAAAGAAACAAAAAGACAUCAUAAGCAAAGACACUCAAAUAGCUGAAUUGGAUCAGGCCUUAAAAGAGACACAGAAAGAGGUCAAAACUAGGGACAGCCAGGUUUCGCAGCUUGAUAUAACAAUGAAAGAAAAUCGAAACGAGCAGCAACAGAAGAUAGUAGCACUCGACCAGUCCCURAAUCAGGCUCGCUAUCAACUUAGUGAACGAGCUGUUGAGGUGAGAGAAAUGGUGAUAAUGGUGAUUGUGAUUACAUUAGAUCUCUUUCACUAUGACGUCACAGUGUGUUUAGGUGGAGUCGCUCCAGAUUUGAACUUUAGAUUGCUUAGUUUUCAAUGUUAA